GCUGGUGGGCUGUUGUUCUGCUGUUGUGUGAACGAAAUUUUCAAUAAAAUCUAGGUUUUCGUAUUAAAUCAGCAAUGUGAAAGCUCAUAAAAUAAGUCUUUCAACUCUGUUGAGACUAAAUGUGGGAUUAAUUUGUGUUUGCAUAUAAUUUUUCUUUUUAAAAUGGCCAAGAAAGCUAGUGUAGAUAAGAAACUGUUAGCUAAAUUGGUGACAGAAACUGCAGAUAGAAAGCCGUGUGCCUUUUGCCAGCGAGAAAUUGAUGACGAGAUCACAUACGGAAAGUUGUAUUCAAUUGGGAUCAUUCAGUGUCACUACUUUUGUGUGUUGCUGUCGUGUUGCUUGAUUCAGAAAGGGAAAGAUGAACAAGGGCUCUUCGGUUUCCUGUACCCAGACAUCUUGGCUGAGGUUGAAAGGAGCAAGAAGCAUCGAUGUUCGUAUUGCGGCCGCGGCGGCGCCACGCUCGGCUGCUGCGUGAGCCAGUGUCGCAAGCAGUUCCACCUGCCGUGUGGUCGCGAGAGGAAUGCUGUGUCGCUGUUCUUUGGGAACUUCAAGUCGUAUUGUGCGGUGCACGCGCCCAAACAAAAGAUCGCUGAAGAUGUGAUGGCCAAAGCGAGGGUUCGGAUGAGAGCAGACAAAAACAAAUCCAAAGGCCUCGUCGCUAAGGUCGAAAAUUUGGAACCAGAGGCAGAUUCUUCCAACGAAGACUCCCUGUGCGUGAUAUGCUACGAAGAAGUUCAGUGCUACCCCACCAACCAAACAUUUUGGCCGCCGUGCUGUGCGAGGGACAAGUGGUUCCACAGAUCCUGUCUGCAGAGAAUGGCGCUAAGUGCGGGCAUGCACUACCUCAAGUGUCCUCUCUGCAACGAUAAGGAAAACUUCUACCAAGCCGUCAUUAGUCAGGGAUACUAUGUGCCUGACAGAGAUGCAGCGUGGGAGUUAGAGCAGAAUGCGUUUGCUGAAAUAUACGAGCGGGAACUGACCUGCAGCUUGCCGGAAUGCCUCUGUCCGCUAGGCCGGGACCACGACUCCGAUAACGGGCCAUGGGACAUAAAACUCUGCCUGCUAUGCGGCAGCGUUUGCGCGCACGCACAGUGCUUGGUAGCGAGCGGUGACGGCGGGCGAUACGUUUGCGUUACGUGCCGUCCUGCUGCACCUGGAGACGUCGAGUCGCUCGCCGCCGCCGUGGACAAAGGUGGGUAG